UAAAGGAGGCGGGACUUACGGCUGAGAGCAGGAAGAGGCUUUUUGAUAGACAACACACAGAAAGCCGGUGUGUUUUAGUGCAUUUAAGACAAAUAAGGACCUAUGGCUGUUAGAGGAAUGAAACUGUCAAGUGUGUGUUUUUUAAUCUUAUAUCUAAUAUCUACAGUACUUGCCGGGAGGGAUUUCUACAAAAUUCUGGGAGUAAGUAGAUCAGCAACAAUUAAAGAUAUUAAGAAAGCUUACAGAAAGCUGGCAUUACAGCUUCACCCAGACAGAAACCAAGAUGACCCAAAUGCCCAAGACAAAUUUGCAGACCUUGGAGCUGCUUACGAGGUGCUUUCAGAUGAGGAGAAAAGGGGACAGUAUGACAAGUAUGGAGAGGAAGGGUUAAAGGAAGGCCAUCAAAGUUCACAUGGUGAUAUAUUCUCCAGUUUCUUUGGAGACUUUGGAUUUAUGUUUGGCGGAAACAGGCAGCAGGCCAAUCGUGAUAUUCCUAGGGGCAAUGACAUAGUACUGGAUCUAGAAGUAACCCUAGAGGAGGUGUAUUCUGGGAAUUUUGUAGAGGUGAUACGAAACAAACCUGUAGCAAAAGAAGCUCCAGGCAAAAGAAAAUGUAACUGUCGUCAAGAAAUGAGAACCACACAGCUAGGACCAGGUCGCUUCCAGAUGACACAGGAAGUAGUCUGUGAUGAAUGCCCCAAUAUCAAGCUUAUUAAUGAGGAGAGAACAUUAGAAGUGGAGAUUGAGCAGGGUGUGAGAGAUGAGAUGGAGUACCCUUUCAUUGGGGAAGGUGAACCUCACAUUGAUGGUGAGCCUGGAGAUCUGCGUUUCCGCAUCAAAGUCUUGAAGCAUCCCGUGUUUGAGCGCAGAGGUGAUGAUCUGUAUACAAAUGUCACCAUCUCUCUGGUAGAGGCUCUGGUUGGUUUUGAGAUGUACAUCAGUCACCUAGAUGGUCACAAGGUGCACAUUGUAAGGGAUAAAAUCACUAAACCAGGAGCUCGUAUCUGGAAAAAGGGAGAGGGUCUGCCAAAUUUUGACAACAACAAUAUUCGUGGAUCACUCAUAGUCACCUUUGAUGUAGAUUUCCCCAAGGAUCAGCUUGAUGACCAGCAGAAGGAUGGUAUAAGGCAGCUUUUGAAACAGACACCAUCUCAAAAGGUUUAUAAUGGACUGCAGGGAUACUGACAAACCAGCAAAGUAAAUCACACAAAGGACUGAACACCAAACAAGGAACAAGCAAAUGGGGUGUAUUUAUUUUUUGGAAUUAUUCUCAGGAUAGAUUUUCUUCAUUUGUUUUUAUUUUCUUUUUAAACUUGCUUAUUUCUUUUUUAAAGCAUUGUUUUCCCAUGGAGCAAUUUUUUGCUGUUUUGUCCAACUUAUUCAUUUUUUACACAGUCCCCAGUUUUAUACUUGGAAUAAGACUUCUCAUCACACACACACUGUUCAAUCUUUUUGCUAUGACCAGUCAACCGUCGUCCAAUACUGUAUCAGCAUAAUGUUUAGUGCCAGCUGACCUGUACUGGGACAACCCACAAACAGAAAGAGGACUGAGACUUCAAACCAGAGGACAAUUUAAACACCUCCCUCAGCACUGUACACUUCAACACCGUGUUUUAUGAAAGAAACAGUUAUGUGUUUUGAACCUUGAGAGUCUGCAGUCUUUGAUGUGCAUGUUUCUUUUAAAGAACAGAUUUAUCACGGUUAUUGCAGUUGUUGUUGUUGUUGUUAUUUGUGCAGAGAACAACACUAACUAUUUACUAUUUUAAUGUGAGGUACUUGUCAGCCUGGUUCAGUUUUGGCUUCUGGUUACAGGUCUUUUUCCUCUGAGACGUUUACUUCAUUUUGACUUUCAAACAGAAUACAUAUUCAACUGUACAGUGCAGCUCUCUUAUGUAAAUUACUAUGUGACUAAACUGAAUUUAUUGUUUCCUUUACUCCCCCUACCCCACCAUGUUCAGCCUAUUGGGUCUUUACGGUCUUUACCAACUACUCUCUUUCCUUUUGCUUUUUUGUGGACUGCACUGGACAAAAUAGAGUAACCAUCUAGAGCUCAAGUGAAGGAAAAAUAAUUUGUACUUUUCAAAUGAAAUUAAAAGUUUCUAGUGAGAAGAAACUGUGUACUACAGGCUUGAUAUAAAAGUAGAAUGUUUAUAUAUUUUAAAA